AUGUCUUGUAGAUGUAUUACUCUCUGCUUUGGCCACAGUAUUGAUAGCUUGGAGGAAGAUCUUUCAACAAUUCAGCCGCAUAACUUUACAAAAUUUCUUCCUCCCUUUUCUGUUAAUCUGAAGGUGUUAUUUAUAGAGGUUGAAAUUGAAAAUCUGAGGGGGGAAUAUGAAAUUGGAGAGGGAAGAUUUGAGUUUGUGAGAGACAAAUUUAAUUUUAAGAAAAUUGAAGUUUGGAGUUUAGAGGAAAUUCUAGAUGUUAUCCGUGUGAAUUGGUAA